UUUCUGUUUCGUAUUUCCAGCUAAUUACGCAAAAUAAUUGAUAUAGUUAAUUACAGAAACAAUGUCACAAAAAUUCUGUUUACAUUUGAGAUUUAAUGGUUUUCAGUUUCAUCUCUCUCUCUCUGUAUUUUCCCAAGUUCUUUUCUCCAUUCACUUCAAAAACUCCCUAUAUAAAACCCAUCACAGAAUCUGAAUCAGAAUCUAAAUCGAAUAUUUUUAUUCCGUCGGAACCAGAAAAUGGGAUCGGAACACGGUGACGACGGGCUUCGUCGGAGAGGAUGUUCAUGCACAAAAGACGAUUUUCUACCGGAGGAAUCGUUCAAGAGCAUGGGGAGUUACUUAAAAGCCCUUAAAGAGACGCCGAGUCGGUUCAUGGAUCGUGUUACGACUCGGUCACUCGACUCGGUGGAGAUUCACGAGAUGAAGGCGCGUAGUGGUAACGAGAUGAAGAAGACGCUGACGUGGUGGGAUCUGAUGUGGUUUGGAGUCGGUGCAGUAAUCGGCUCCGGUAUAUUCGUUCUCACUGGACUCGAAGCACGUGAGCAUUCCGGUCCUGCCGUCGUGUUGUCUUACGUCAUCUCCGGUGUCUCCGCUAUGCUCUCCGUCUUUUGUUACACUGAGUUCGCCGUCGAGAUUCCCGUCGCAGGCGGUUCUUUCGCCUACAUGAGAGUGGAGCUCGGCGACUUCAUGGCAUUCAUCGCCGCCGGAAACAUAAUCUUAGAAUACAUAGUCGGCGGAGCAGCCGUGGCUCGAUCAUGGACCUCUUACUUCGCCACUCUCCUAAACCAUAAACCUGACGACUUCCGCAUAAUAGCACACAGCCUCAGCGAAGACUAUAGCCACUUAGACCCUAUCGCCGUCGGCGUUUGCGUGGCCAUUUGCAUCAUAACAGUUCUUGGCACAAAAGGCUCAUCAAUCUUCAACUACAUCGCUUCUAUAGUCCAUAUGGUAGUGAUUCUGUUCGUAGUUAUCGCCGGAUUCACCAAAGCUGAUAUCAAAAACUAUUCCGAUUUCGCUCCUUUUGGUGCUAGAGGAGUGUUUAAAUCCGCUGCGGUUCUUUUCUUUGCUUAUAUCGGAUUUGAUGCGGUUUCAACGAUGGCGGAGGAGACAAAGAAUCCGGGGAAGAAUAUUCCGAUUGGUCUUGUUGGAUCAAUGGUUGUUACUACCGUUUGUUAUUGUCUCAUGGCGGUUGCUUUGUGUCUUAUGCAACCGUAUGGUCAGAUUGAUCCGGACGCGCCGUUUUCAGUCGCGUUCUCUGCGGUUGGAUGGAAUUGGGCUAAGUACCUUGUCGCGUUUGGUGCUCUUAAAGGUAUGACGACAGUUUUGUUAGUUGGAGCCAUAGGUCAAGCUAGGUACAUGACGCACAUAGCCCGAGCACACAUGAUGCCUCCAUGGCUAGCUCAUGUCAACGCAAAGACCGGAACACCAAUUAACGCAACUGUGGUAAUGCUCACCGCGACAGCUGUCAUCGCGUUCUUCACAAAACUAGGAAUCUUAGCCGAUCUGUUGUCGGUUUCCACGCUUUUCAUCUUCAUGCUCGUCGCGGUGGCUCUUCUCGUCAGGAGAUAUUACGUCGCCGGAGAAACAACGACCCGUGACCGGAACAAGUUCUUGGUGUUUUUAGGUUUGAUUCUUGCGUCCUCGAUCGCGACUGCUGUGUAUUGGGCCGUGGAAAAAGACGGUUGGAUUGGAUAUUGCGUUACGGUUCCUAUUUGGGUUUUGUCUACCCUUGGGAUGAAGUUCCUUGUACCGCAAGCUAGGGCUCCGAAACUUUGGGGUGUUCCUUUGGUUCCGUUCUUGCCUUCUGCCUCGAUCGCUAUUAAUAUCUUUCUUCUUGGUUCGAUCGAUGAGAAAUCGUUCAUUAGGUUUGCGAUGUGGACAGGUGUUCUUCUUGUUUACUACUUCUUUUUUGGGUUGCACGCAACGUAUGAUACAGCUAAGGCUACGUUGAAGGAGAAGAUGACGUUGCAGAAAGCUGAGGAAGGUAGUGUUGUUGCAGAUAACCCUGGUGCUACGGCUUUAGAUCACUAGCUGGUUUUAAAUAAAUGUUACACAAGAUUGGCUUAGGCUUUCGAUUUAUUAGUUGUUGGAUUCUUCUUCUUGGUUUUAGGGUUUUUCAUUGCGUUUUUCACAAGUUUGUAAGAUCUUAUGGUUUGUUUAGAGCUUUGCAGUAUGUUAAAUUGUUAAUAGUUUAUUUUCACGUUUGCUUCAAACACGAUAAUUUAGGACUGGUUUAAAAUAUUCGUGGUUUAUAGCUAGCUUUAAA